AUGUUUGUGGCCUUCAUGCUUGUCUCUGCCCUGCUCUUUGGUUCUGUUGGUUCUGUGCUGGACUGGAAAUGCAACACCAAGUUGGUGAUCAGAGACACCAGUUUCCUCAUUGAGAAGCUGAAGAAUGACCCACCCUCGAAAUGCAGCUGCAGCACCAAUGUGACCAGUUGCUUGUGUCUUCCCAUCCCAUCUGACGAUUGUACCACACCAUGCUUCCAGGAAGGGCUGUCACAGCUGACCAACACCACACAGAACGCAGAAAUCUCAGUUGUUUUCCAACGGGUGAAAAAGACAGUUGAUAGCCUAAAGAUCAGCAAGUGUCCGCUUUUCUCCUGUGAGAAGCCAUGCAACCAGACCACAGCAGGCAACACGUUGUCCUUCCUGAAGAGCCUCCAGGAGACGUUCCAGAAGGCAGGGGUGAAAGCGCCAAAACAGCGAGCAUGA